AAGUCCAUGGAAGUGCAUUUUUUUAUUCAUAAAAACAUGACUCUUGUCAAUUAAAUAAAUUUUCUCUAUAUUUAGAAGGCACUUAUGAAGAACAUGUUUAUUCUCAACAUAUACGCUAUGAAAUGCCUCCACCACAUUCGUCAUCAACAAUUAUUGUAGCAAAUCAAUCGCCAGCAUUUUUGCAACCUUUGCGUCAUAGCCCAUAUUGUCCUUUGGAAUUUUGGAAUAUUAGUGAAAGGGCGUCAACUGCUUUACUUAAUACAAAUUCUGCUAUGGAGAUGGCACAAUAUCAGAUUAAGCAAGGUACAAAACAAAUGCUUUCACUACCCGAUUAUAUAAUUGCAUUUUGGGAUGAUUUUGAAAGGCAACGAGAUAACAUCCGUUCAGUUGCAAUUUCAAAUAAAAAGAGGAACAGAAAAUAUAUAAUAAAAGAAGAAUUGGUAGCAAGUACAUUAAAUGAAGCUUCAUAUGAAACUGACCAAGCAAUCUUAAACACUUUGGAUAUGUUGUCACAUCAUGUCCAAGGAUAUGUUAAUGGAUUACAUUUUGAUGUUAAAAAUGAGAAACGACACUCUCAAGAGCAACAACAGAGCUCUUGUUCAAUUGAAAAUGCUGUUGAAUUCAAUGAAAGUUUAAACAAUACAAGUGGUGGACAAAUACACUCACAUAUGGACAGACUUAUUUUUGACUCACCAAAUAUGAAGCCGAGUACUUCUGGAUUUCGUUGA